UAUUACUGCGUGUUUGUGUGUUUAUUGUGCAAAAUGUCUGCAUUAAUUGACCAAGUGCAAAAGUAUCCAGUGCUGUGGGACUACACGAAAUUGGAAUAUAGAGAUGCUAACUUGCGUGACUUAGCUUGGGAAGAAAUUUCGCAAGUUUUAAGGAAGCCAAAGGCUGUUGUAAAAACGGACUGGAAAAAACUGAGAGAUGCCCAUAGGAAUGCCCUCAAAAGAAGAGAGACAAAAAGUGGUCAAGCUGCAGCAACCUCAAAAAAGUGGAAGUACGAGAAAGGAAUGGAAUUUUUACUUUCCGUAUUGCCAGCUCACAGCCUACACGACAGUAAUAUUCCUGAUAUGGAUGACACGCAAGUUCCUGAAAAUCAAAUAAACGAUGAUAGCAUUGUUAAUGCUGAAGCUCCUGCUGCUCCUGAUGAUGAUGAAUUUUCCAACUCUGAUCAUGAUGUCAACACAGUCCGGAACAAACCCAAAGGAGUCGACAAAAUUCUGAAUUUUCUGAAAAAUAAAGAGAUAAACAAAUCUGUUCGCUCUGUCCCUGACGAAUUAGAUUUGUUUUUUGGUAGCAUAUCAAUGUCGGUAAAAAAAUUGCCUCGAAGGUUACAAAACAGAGUAAAGAGAGAAGUUUUAGAGGCAGUAAACCGAGCUGAAGAUGAACAUGAUUCACUGAUGAGUCUAAUAACACCGGCAGUGCGUCAAACUAGCUCUCCACUGGUGUCUCCAAGUACCUCCUCUGACAGCUCAACAUGGUCAGGUGGUAACUAUUCAAACCAGCCCACGAUCCUUCACCAUCAAAAUGAAAAAUCACUUACAGAAAGUGGCUCAUUACUUCGAUCACUGCAAGAAGAUACAGAUGUUGAUUUGUUAGCGGAAAAUUAUUCAGGACAAGCAACUGAAGACAAUCUUCAAAUACUUUAUGCACAAACCUCAUUAACUUUAAACUCAAACAAAAUAUAUCUUAUGCUGAUUUCUUUUUGUGGCUGUGCUGGUUAA